UGUCCACUGGAGAGUGGCCAGAGUUUUUUCUUGUAACUGCCAGCGGGGAUGAUAUAUACUGUAUUCUGGAUGUCUCACACUGAUCCAACUGAAAUGCUGUAGCAGUUCUGUUUUAUAAAGCUUCCUUUGUCUAUCCCCUGCAAGAUAAUGAUAAUGUAUACUUAUACAGCAUCUUUCAUCUGAGGUGCCUUACAAAGGAUAUUUUUAAUUUCACGAACUUGGAGUAGCAUUACAUAUCUGGAAUCCAUGUCUUUUCUUGUAAGUAACCCAGAACGAAUUAGGCGGUGGGUGUCCGAAAAGUUCAUUGUAGAAGGCUUGAGAGAAUUUGAACUGUUCGGAGAGCAGCCUCCGGGUGACUCUCGGAGAAAAACCAAUGAUGCAAGCUCCGAGUCGAUAGCAUCUUCCCCUAAAAGGGACACCAUGAGCAGCUUUUUACCAGACAGCAGCUCUUAUGAGUUGCUCACCAUAAUAGGCCAUGGCUUUGAGGAGCUGAUGACCGUGAACCUGGCCAGGUAUAAACCAUCAGGAGAGUAUGUCACAGUCAGAAGGAUUAACCUGGAAGCCUGCACCAAUGAGAUGGUGACAUUCUUGCAGGGUGAACUUCAUGUGUCCAAACUCUUCAACCACCCCAACAUUGUGCCAUAUAAAGCGACCUUCAUAGCUGACAAUGAGCUAUGGGUAGUGACCUCCUUCAUGGCUUAUGGUUCUGCGAAGGAUUUGAUCUGUACCCAUUUCAUGGAUGGAAUGAGUGAACUGGCUAUUGCUUAUAUCCUCCAGGGCGUUCUGAAGGCUCUUGACUACAUUCACCAUAUGGGCUAUGUACAUAGGAGCGUGAAAGCCAGCCACAUCCUGAUUUCUGUGGAUGGGAAGGUGUAUCUCUCAGGCCUGCGCAGUAACCUAAGCAUGAUCAACCACGGGCAGCGACUCAGAGUUGUCCACGACUUCCCCAAGUAUAGCAUCAAGGUCCUACCAUGGCUCAGUCCUGAAGUCUUACAGCAGAAUCUCCAGGGUUAUGAUGCAAAAUCCGACAUUUACAGUGUGGGGAUAACAGCCUGUGAACUGGCAAAUGGACACGUCCCGUUCAAGGACAUGCCUGCUACUCAGAUGCUGUUGGAGAAGCUGAACGGAACUGUUCCAUGCCUGCUAGACACCACCACGAUCCCAGCUGAGGAGCUGACCAUGAAAACAUCCCGCUCGUGUACUAACUCCGGGAUCGGUGAAGGAAUGGCAGUUAGCAAUGUGAGGGCAGCCAAUGGGGAGGCAACGCUGCACCCUUACCAUCGGACUUUCUCACCCCACUUCCAUCACUUUGUGGAGCAGUGCCUGCAGCGUAACUCCGACUUGAGGCCAAGUGCAAGCACCCUGCUGAAUCAUUCCUUUUUGAAGCAGAUCAAACGUCGGGCGUCCGAAGCACUUCCUGAACUACUGCGCCCUGUCACACCAAUUACCAACUUUGAAGGUACACGGCCACAGGAUCCCAGUGGCAUUUUUGGACUGGUAUCCAGUCUGGAACAGCUAGAGGUGGAUGACUGGGAAUUCUAGAGCAACGUGGCAAAUAAUAUGGUUCUCAAGCCCUUGAAGGCGCUUUCUGGACAUAGUAAUUUAUUGACCUCUCUCAAAUGAAGCCAGGAUGAAUGUUACAUGCAGAAGAGUUUACAUGACUAUGGGUAAGGAACUUCACCUGGUCGUUUACUUGAGGAGUAGAGCCUGGAAUCACCCUUGGACACAAACUAGCUGGAAAAAGGGAUCUGUGUGUAGAAAAUGCCGAAUGUUUCCUGCCUGGUGCCAGGAGCCUCCCAGCUCUUGCUGUUGAGCACCAGCUAUAGGCUGUAUUAGGAGUUUUGCUCGCCAGAAUUGAGUCAGUCCCAAUUUGUUGGUCUUCAUACACAUCGUUUUUCCCAUGUUACUGGCUCUCUACUGAUCCUAGUUCAGAGGGUUCUGUGUGUCUUUAGAUCGCCCCUUUGUUUUGUUCCUUUCCAAGGGUGCCUUUGAGACAAACUUGGGAGAGAGAAGCAAUGCAACUCCUCUUAGACUUGGACAUUCUCUUCUAGACCGCCAGGUUGUCACUGUGGCAUUCUUCUCACUCUUUUGGCAAUAACAGAUUUAGCCUGCUGCUUUAUUGAGAGGAAAAUGGAAGAUCAGACAGCACUGGAAAAAGAUGUCCCCUUCUAUUCCAGCCGUGCUCAGAGGCUUGGAGAUUCCUCUGCAAGGCUGCAUUCGUCUCUUCAAGGAGACGGGGUAGAUCUUUGUGGGGUUUUUUAAACUCUUGCCAUGUGGUGCUGAAUGCCCUGAAGUGCAGAUCAGAGCACCCCAGGCUUCUGGGACUAACCAGCCGCUCCUAUCUCUUCAUGUAGCCACCUCAGCCACCAGCUGCAUUUUUUAAAAGUAAGAUGUAGUUUUGAAAUGUCUUUGAAACUGCACCGUACUAUAUUUUACAACAAAUGCCAUUUAUCUGGCUGGUCCCAUCCUGCAGCAAGGCUAAUGUCACUGCAUGAAACAUGCUGGCCAGCUUCUGUUUCUGAGAACCUACCAUGGGGGGGCGGGGGAGGGAAUGGGAAGUUUGGAGCUUGCUCUCUCUGUGCGUUGCUUUCUGUGCAACUCUGUGCCCUGCCCUGGGCGGACCCUCUGCUGCUGUGGGAGCUCUCCCUUCCCUGUGGUGGUCAGGUUCUCCAGACUGCAUUUUAAGGCCUUUUGUUCAUCCUUUCUUAGCAUCAUAGAUCUUCCUUCUCAAUGAAGCACUGAGAAUCCGGUCCUGUACCGGUGGUGACCGAGAACAGUGGUGCUGGCAACAGGUCCUUUUUGUGUUUAUAAACUGUACUUGAACCCGAAUAAAGUUUGUUACUCUAGUUUUGUUGCCAAAACAAAUAAAAAUGUAAGUAUUUCUGAA